UAUUUAUUUCUUCUUCUUCUCCACCGCUCUCCACCGCACACAGUCAUGGCGGAAUCCUCCUCUCGUCACUACACGUACAGUCGCAAGCAGAAAUCUCUCGGCCUCCUCUGCUCCAAUUUUUUGAGCAUGUAUAAUAAGGGUGGCACUGAAUUCAUCGGUCUUGACGAAGCCGCUGCAAAACUAGGAGUUGAGAGACGGCGAAUCUAUGACAUUGUCAAUGUUUUGGAAAGUGUUGGGGUUCUCACAAGGAAGGCUAAGAACAAAUAUACGUGGAAAGGCUUUGGAGCUAUACCUAAGGCUUUACAAGAUCUGAAGGAAGAAGGUCUCGGGAAUAAUUUCAAAAGGAUGGAUGGAAACAACAGUGCAAAGAUCUCAGAUGAUGACGACGAUGAUGAAGGGGAUGAAGGCUUCACCAAUCCCAACACUGGGAGCCAGACUGAGACUUCAAGAUCUAGCUCUAUUAUCAAGUCUUCGUCCUCGAAAGUUGAUAAUCGAAGGGAAAAAUCCCUGGGGCUACUUACUCAGAAUUUUGUUAAGCUAUUUCUCUGUUCCAAUGCUGAAUUGAUUUCCCUCGAUGAAGCAGCGAGGUUGUUGCUUGGGAAUGCUCACAAUACAUCAGUAAUGAGAACAAAAGUGAGGCGGUUGUAUGACAUUGCAAAUGUGUUGUCUUCCAUGAAUCUUAUUGAGAAGACCCACACUUUAGAUACCCGGAAACCUGCGUUUAGGUGGUUGGGGCUGAGGGAGAAAUCCGAAAAAGGAUCUGCUGAUAAUACCUUUGUUCUUAAUGAGUCUAAGAAAAGGGUGUUCGGAACCGAUGUCACCAACAUCAGUUUCAAGAAGAGUAAGGUGGAUUCUUCAAAUGAUCAAAAUCCCAACCAUUGCAUUAAGCUGAAAAAGUACGAAAAAAUUGAAAUUUCGGCUGAUAGAAGUUGCUCGGAUGAUUCGAGACAAGGUUCAAAGAGCUACCAAUUUGGUCCUUUUGCUCCUAUAAACUUGACCAAGAUAGGUAACUCUGAGAAUGGUGCAAGGCCGGUUCAUGACUGGGAGAGUCUUGCUUCUACAUACCGCCCUCAGUACCACAAUCAAGCUUUAAGGGAUCUUUUCUCUCAUUAUGUGGAAGCCUGGAAAUCAUGGUACUCCGAAGUUGCUGGGAAAAACCCAAUACAGAAGAUCUCCUAAGAAAUACCACAAGCUGCAGCUGGGAAGCAUUUUUCUCCUAACCCUGAACUAUCUUCUUUUGGCUAUUUGGUCCCUAUUUUUUUACCUUUUCUUUUAGGUAUAAGAGAUUGUUCUUUUGUUAGAUGCAUUUUCUCUUUGCACCAAUUUGCUUGGCAACACAUUUGUACACAAAUUCAACCAAGUCCAAGCAUUGUGUCCUAAACAAUUUACGUAAUCAUUUGCCAUUUAUCAGUUUAUAUGAUAAAUUUGGAGAGCUAUUACUUUUUUCUUUGA